UCAAAAUCGCCCGUGAUUAGUGCGAAUGUUCCUUCAAGGCUGAGACAAAUUGGGGGCCCAUAAACGAUAGAUUUGUACCAGACCGCGUAACGGAACGUAGUAACAAUAGCUAUCUCAAGUCAGAUAAGCGCCGGGAAAUCGUUAGAAUGUGUCUCUGCUCGUAGUAAGUCGUGUAUUUAACAUUUGCACUAAUCAUGAGACACAAAGUGGUAAGGUUCAGUGUUUUUAUUGUCACUGCGAUUACGUUUGCCAAUGGCUACCUCAGGACUAAAGGUCCCGCAGGAUUCGACGAGGAAUUUGAGAAUAGCGUCCAAAAAGGAAAAUUUCUAUGUCUCUUCCUUGGAGUAUGCACCGUGCCCUUCCAACAAGGAUUCGCCGCCAAGCCAAGUCUAGAUACAGUUUAUCAAUGGUCACAACUAGAGUUUGACUACGAGUCUCAAUAUGAUCGGCAAGCUGAUAUCGACUUGAAAAUAUUUAUUCCAGGACGGCCUGCUCCCAUAGACACAGAUGUGUAUUAUUCCGAGGACAAUAGACAAAACAAAAUCUUCAUUACCAUCCCACGAUUCCAGCCCGGAAUACCUGUGACAUUGGGUACAGUUUCCAGUAAAAUGUAUAAAGGAAAUCCAGUAAUCACACCUUAUCCGUCAUGGAAAUGGCACAGGAGCCCACAAAGUUGUGGUGCUGAACGCAUUGUCUCUGUAUAUCGUGUUCUGGUUGACGAAUGUGACCGUCUUUGGGUGCUGGAUACUGGAAAAUUGUUAGAAGAACAGACGUGUCCACCACAGAUUUUGGCAUUUGAUUUAAAAACGAAUAAACUGGUCCACAGAUCCGACAUACCAUCAAGUGUUCGGGAGCCACGCUCAUUAGUGGUAACGCCUAUAGUUGACAUAAGGAACAAACAAUGUGCGGACGCAUUUGUUUAUAUAGCGGAUUGCCAGACGUACUCAAUCAUUGUGCACGAUGUAAAAACCGGUGCUUUCUGGCAAGCAACGGAUAAGACGAUGUACCCUUAUCCUACUUACGGAACAUUCAACAUAAAAGGCGAUAGCUUUGACCUUAUGGAUGGCGUAUUGGGAAUGAGCUUAGAACAGUACAAUCCUUCAGGAGACAGAAGACUAUUUUACCAUGCUUUGUCUAGUCCUACAGAAAACUACAUUUAUACCUCGCACCUCAGAAACCAAAGUCUAUUUAUGCAUGAUCCGACAUCGUCACCUCACCUAUUUUAUACAUAUCGUGGGGAGAGGCGUACUCAGAGUGCUGCCGAAGCCAUAGACAAGAAUGGGGUAAUGUUUUUCGGUUUGAUGAGUGACGUGAAAAUUGCGUGCUGGAACAGCAAAGGAGAAUAUGGGGACCGCUUGUAUUCAGACAUAGUCGCCUCCGAUCCUGUCACGCUUCAGUUUGCAAGUGGAGUAAAGGUAGUGAAAAACCGUAAAGGAAUUCAAGAGCUGUGGAUAUUAACAUCAAGAUUUCAAAAAGUAGCAGCCGAUACACUGUCUACUUCAGAAGUUAACUUUAGGAUCUUAGCCGGUAAAGUGGACGAUAUAUUAUAUGGCACGAAUUGUAAAGGAAAGAAACACAAUGGCGGCGUUGGGGGAGGAGGAUAUGGCCUGAUAACGACACCGAGAGGUUAAACCUAUUUCUGCAAUUUGAAACUGUUAUUAUUUAUAAUUUAUUUGUUUUAGCUUUUCAUUUAUUAUGUAGUUUAUGUAUAUACACAUGACAAUAAAGGCUGAUUUUAAAAUCA